AAACAAAAAAAAUGUAACACUAAUGCGUAAUUUUUUUCCCGGCUCAAAAUUUUGGCGCUCGGAUCGAACUUUGAAGAAGAAGACCUUCAAAUCAAAAUUCCAACUCAAUUGAACAGAGCUCCGAAUUCGUGUUUAGAGAGAUAGAGAGAGUGAUUGUGAAUUCUGAAUUUGAAUUUUGAAUUGAAAAAACCCUAGAUUUUUCUAUGGAUGUAAAAGACAUACUCGGAUUACCCCAAAUUUCCUUCCCAGUUCAGGAGAAGAAUUCUCAACCUCAUAAUCAGUCUCAGAGAAAACCCGAUGACAUUUCCCGGGAGGUUUAUGCACUUACGGGUGGAUUGGCACCUCUUAUACCUGCAGUUGAUUUGUCUCUGUUGAAUAAAAGACCUCAAUCAGAUGAAAAGGUCAUCUGGAAAUGGCUUCCUUUCAAAAAUUCUGCUCGUAAAGAUGAUCUUCAGCUUUACCAUUGGCAGGUUCAAGUUUUAAAUGGUGUUCCACCAACAGAGGACUAUUCUUUUGCCAAGUAUAACAAGUCUGCUGACAUAACAAGAUACACAGACGAGGAGUAUGAAAAAUAUUUGGCAAAUCCUAAAUGGACCAAGGAGGAAACAGAUCAGUUGUUUGAGUUGUGUGAGAGAUUUAAUCUCCGAUUUAUUGUUAUAGCUGAUAGAUUUCCCUCAUCUCGAACAGUUGAAGAAUUAAAGGAUCGAUACUAUAGUGUUUCCCGAGCAAUAUUAAUCGCGAGGAAUCCAUCUUCUGGGGAUGUUGCAGUGCAUCCACUUGUCAAGGAACCAUAUAACGUUUCACACGAGAUGGAGCGGAAAAGAGCUAUGUCCCUGGUGCUCUCUCAAACAAGGCAACAAGAGCGAAGAGAUGAAGAGGUGCUUGCCGAAGCAAAAAGAAUUGCUGAAUUACGCUUAAUGACCAAGGUUGCUGAAGAGGCUGAGUUGGUUGUUACUUCAAAUGCUGGAGAAGACGUUACAGAGAGGGCCAACCCAUCUCCAUCAAAUAUGGAACUUCCACUGAUAGUUGUGCCUUCCCCAAUAAAAACAGAUAAUGCAUCUACUGUAGCUUCUCUCCGCAUGCUUCAUGUGUAUUUAAGAACCUACGCACUUGAACAAAUGCUGCAAUCUGCAAGCUCAUCAGCUGGACUUCGGACUAUCAACCGUGUUGAUCAAACUUUGCAGGAACUUGGGGUCAAUUUGAAACCAAGGGUUCCAACAAAAGCUGUUUGUGCAGAGCAUCUUGAACUAAGAAAUGAAAUACUAACGCUGCUGAAUAUUCAGAAACAGCUGCAAAAUAAGGAGGCUGAAGGUUCAUCUUUUCGUGAUGGGUCAAACUGUGAAACAACAGGAACACCAAAGCGUUCACAUCGUGGAGAUCAGGAUCGGACAUUUGUUCCAGAUAACACAAGUUCUGGAGGGGAAAGAAUUGGUAAAAGGGAUCAAAAGCGCAAGGCAUCUGGACGACAUUCAGAAGUUCCGUCAUCACCGGCCCAAUUGAAAAGGCAGAAAAAACUAUAGGCCCAGGAUCAUUAGCUCCCCUGGUGGCAACUGGAAUGGAUGUUAUGGUUUGUAGUGCACUUUUGAUAGGAAUAAUGAAUCUUGUGGUAAGCAGCGGUGAACUCAAAACUUCUGGCAAUUCUGAUUGCGGUUAGUUUAGAAAAUUAUUGCCGGUUUUUAUUGAUAUUCAGUCCUAAAUGGAGCAAUGAGGUUCACAUCAUCAAAUAUGUCCCAAUUGAGAAACUAAACUUUAUUUUGUGCUGGGGAAGCUUUACAGUAGUACCAACCAUUGGGUUGUAGUGACCAACCAAGCUUAUUAUGAUGUGUAUAUAUAAUUAGGUUUAGCAGUUGUGAAUAUUCCAGAAGUUUGCGGGCGGAUGCUUAUGUUAUCUGUCAAAAUACCUUUAGCCCGAAACGAUUAAAUAAGGAUGUAGAAAUUGAUUUGUUUAGGGAAGGUGGUGAAACAAAUGGCAAGCUUAUGGGAUUAAUAAGGGAGAGGAAAAUAGAACAAAAACUUACAAAAACAAUAAAAAGAAAACAGUCAUUUUCUUCCU